AUGUCGCUCGAUACAUUAACUCUUGCAAUUAUUGGUGGCUUUGGAAUUAUUUGUGUUUCUAUUAUUUAUCUAAUCAAAAAUAAAAGUUCAUCCGGUAAUACUAAACAGAGUAAAAAAAAGAAUGUGAUAAUUUCAUUGGCAAAUCCUGACACAAAAUAUAAAUUUCCAUUAGCGCACAAGGAAAAUAUUUCCCAUGAUACACGUCUCUUUCGUUUUCAACUUCCAUCAACAAAACAUGUGCUUGGUUUACCUGUAGGUCAACAUAUUUAUUUAACAUCCCAUAUCAACGGUGAACUUGUUAAACGACCAUAUACACCAACAACAUCUGAUGAUAAUCAAGGCUAUUUUGAGCUUGUGAUAAAAGUUUAUCCUAAUGGUAAAAUGACUCAGUAUCUUGAUAAAUUUUCUAUUGGCGAUGUGAUUGAUGUUAGUGGCCCAUCAGGUAAUCUUAUUUAUACAGAUAAUGGUUUAUUUGAUAUACGUCCACGCAAACAAGAUCCUUUCGUUACUCGACGUAUUCAUAAGCUUGGUUUAAUAGCGGGUGGCACAGGUAUAACACCAAUGUAUCAAAUACUGAAUGAAAUAUUGAAAGAACAAACAUCCAAUGUACCUGGUGAGCGUAUCGAUAUAAAAAUUUGGCUUCUAUUUGCGAAUCAAACUGAAAAAGACAUUUUAUUACGUGAUGAAUUAGAACAUUUGGCUGCAUCGAAUUCUGAUCGUUUUAAGUUAUGGUAUACAGUUGACCGUGAAAGCGAAGAAUGGAAAUAUUCAAAAGGUUUUAUUAAUGAAGAUCUAUUGCGUGAGCAUAUGCCACCUCCAGGUGAUGAUGUUUUAAUAUGUAUUUGUGGUCCACCACCAAUGGUUAAAUUUGCAUGCAUACCUAAUUUGGAGAAAUUAGGUUAUGCUGAAAACAUACGAUUUACAUUUUAA